CUACGAAGUAGUUUUCUAUUUUACGAGAAAUUCUUGAUUCACAAACGUUUCCCAGCCACACUCGGUCAAAUCCUCUUCUCGUCGGCUCCGGCGUGCAUGCCAGCGGCGGCGGCGGCGGCGAGAAACGCUGGCGAGGAGGCAGCGGCGAGCGCUUAGAUGCUAGCGAACCAGCGAAGAGGGCACUGCAGCAGUGGCGGAUAGGCGGAGGCUAGAAGGGAGCAGUACGGCCAGAGAGCUAGGGUUUGGGUAAUUUGGCGAGCGAGGAGCGAGGGGAGGCGAAGGGAGAAGAGGGGGGGGGGGGGGGGGGAGGAGAAAGAGCGGGGGAGGGAUGAGCAUAGUGCCCAAAGAGACGAUUGAGGUGAUCGGGCAGAGCGUCGGCAUCGCCAACCUCCCCGCCGAUGUCUCCGCCGCGCUCGCCCCCGACGUGGAGUACCGCCUCCGCGAGAUCAUGCAGGAGGCCAUCAAGUGUAUGCGGCAUGCAAAGAGGACAGUCCUGACUGCCGAUGAUGUUGAUAGUGCUCUCAGCCUCAGGAAUGUUGAGCCUGUAUAUGGAUUUGCUUCCGGUGACCCCUUGCGGUUUAAGAGAGCUGUGGGACACAAGGAUCUCUUCUAUAUUGAUGACAGGGAGGUAGACUUCAAAGAGAUUAUUGAGGCCCCUCUACCUAAAGCUCCUCUUGAUACAGCAGUUGUAGCUCACUGGCUAGCCAUUGAGGGAGUCCAGCCUGCAAUUCCAGAGAAUCCUCCUGUAGAUGCUAUCGUAGCACCAACAGAGAAUAAAAGGACAGAGCAUGGGAAAGAUGAUGGACUUCCUGUUGACAUCAAGCUUCCUGUUAAGCAUGUGUUAUCUAGAGAACUCCAGAUGUAUUUUGAUAAAAUAGCAGAGCUUACAAUGAGUAGAUCUGAAACCUCAGUUUUUAGAGAAGCAUUAGUGAGCUUAUCAAGAGACUCAGGCCUUCAUCCGUUGGUUCCUUACUUUUCCUACUUCAUCGCCGAUGAGGUUACCCGGAGUUUAGGUGAUCUUCCUGUUUUAUUUGCUCUCAUGCGUGUAGUCCAAAGCCUCCUACACAAUCCCCACAUUCAUAUUGAACCAUAUUUGCAUCAGUUGAUGCCGUCAAUUAUCACCUGCAUGGUUGCGAAAAGGCUUGGGCAUAGGCUUUCAGACAACCAUUGGGAGCUUAGAGACUUCUCUGCUAAUUUGGUUGGUUCAGUAUGUCGAAGGUUUGGUCAUGCGUAUCACAACAUCCAAACCCGGGUGACAAGGACGUUGGUCCAGGGAUUUCUUGAUCCUCAGAAAUCAUUGACACAACACUAUGGUGCGAUUCAAGGGAUAUCUGCAUUGGGGCCCAGUGCAAUUAGGCUUCUGCUUUUGCCCAACCUCGAGACAUACAUGCAGCUUUUAGAGCCGGAAUUACAACUUGAUAAGCAGAAAAAUGAGAUGAAAAGAAAGGAAGCAUGGCGUGUUUAUGGUGCCCUGCUGUGUGCUGCAGGAAAAUGCUUAUAUGAUCGGCUCAAGUUGUUUCCUAAUUUGCUUUCUCCAUCAACACGGCCUCUUUUGAGGAGUAAUAAGAGAGUCGUGACUAACAACCCAAAUAAACGGAAGUCUAGUACAGAUCUCUCCACAUCCCAGCCACCUCUGAAGAAGAUGACAACAGAUGGUGCGAUGAAUUCUAUGACUUCAGCUCCCAUGCCAGGAACCAUGGAUGGCUUCUCCACCCAAUUACCCAACCCUAGCAUGACGCAAACUUCAUCCUCUGGGCAAUUGGUGGAAAGCACCGCAUCAGGUGUGAUUCGGAGGGAUCAGGGAAGCAACCACACGCAAAGAGUUUCCACAGUGCUGAGGCUAGCCUGGAAGGAGGACCAAAAUGCUGGGCAUCUGUUGAGUUCAUUGUACGAGGUAUUCGGUGAAGCCAUCUUCUCCUUUGUUCAACCACCAGAGAUAUCGUUCUUUUUGUAGGAAGCAAAUGCAUAGUGUUCAGAGCUAUGUAAUAUGCAUUGUACCAUUAGGCUGGUCUUGUGGAAUUCUUGAAACUGAAAUUGACGUCUAGGAAUCUUGUAGUGAUCUCUGAUGCUAGAUUUAAUCGCUUGGUGACUUGCUGCUGCAAUAUUUUAUGUGCUGAUUUCUUGAAGUUUUAUGUUUAUUGUAGUAAUUUUAUCUAAUGUAAACAUUUUAUUACGCUCUACUGGUGCGCCAUUUUAUGGCAUAUGUACAUUUUUGAACCUUACUGAUUAAGCAGAGUUGUCGUUGACAUGUGCUAA